AUUUUUUUUAAAAAAUAGAGAGGAUUUUUAGUCCAAUGGACUAAAAUUGUUUAACCUUCUCCCCACAAGCUCAGACCUUGGACCUGGGGGUUCUGGCCGUGUUGGCCUGGCUGGCACGGCCUAAGCAGGCCGUGACUUGCUGGUCCACGAGCUUCUUCUCGGCUCCGCACGGCCUACGUCCGUUUCGCUCGCUGGGCCAUCGGGACCAAGUAGAGAGGCCCCAGCAUGGUGCUGAAGUUUGAGCCGGGCUGAACUGUGCCGUGCUGCAGCCCGGCCAAAUCCGGGCCAGGCCGGGAGGCCCAACAAAUUAAUAACAGGGCAGGUCUCACAAUUCAUAGGUUGGCUAUCGUGCAACGUGCCAAAAUUCUGGUUCCACAGAGAGCUCAAGAGAGUUGCAAUGGUAUGUCAAUGGCGCAGAUCCCUGGCUAUAACUUCAACCGCCUCGUCCUUCUCAUCCCGUCCUUCUUCUGCAACUCCCUCCCUCUAUUCGUCUUCUUCCUCCACCCAGCCUCUGCUUCACCCUCCUCCGGAAUGGGUAGAGCCCUUCGUCGACCUCUCCGACCUCGCACCCCACCGCUACCCCUCUGCCUCUCCAGGCAGGGCAAAUGGCGAUGAGCAGGAGCAGCUGCGGCGGCGCUCCCCGUCCCCAUGGCUUGCUCGAAUCGUCGGCCUCGUCCUCCAAUCCCCCUCUCCCUCUCCCUCUCCCUCCCCCUCGCUUGAGUCCCAACUCGAUGACUUGUGCCGCACCUUCCUCCUCCGCCUCUCCCCCGCCUUCGUCUCCCACGUCCUCCGCUCCCCCGACAUCCGCCGCCGCCCGGGCUCCGCCCUCUGCUUCUUCCGCUGGGCAUCCUCCAAAAAUUGGCUCCACCACCACCAGCAGCAGCAGCAGCAGCAGCAGCAUCUCCUUGAUUCUUACGUCUCCCUCCUUCAUGCCUUCGCCUCCUCUCCCCCCGGCCAAUCGGCUAGUGAUCGUGUCCGUGAGCUGGUGGCGGAGAUGCUGAGUCGAGAGGAUCUCCUCUCGCUGCUCACUCCUUGUGCUUCCGCGUCCCUGAUCCAGAGCCUCGGCGCCCUAGGCUUGGUCGAGGAGCUACUGUGCGUCUGGCGCCGGACGAAGGAGAUUGGGAUCGAACCCUCCCUCCUCACCUACAACUGCCUCAUGGAUGGCUUGGUGAACUCCGGCUUCGUCGACUCUGCCGAGAAGGUCUUCCGUGUCAUGGAGCAGCCCGACGCAAAAGCCCGCCCAGACGUCGUCUCCCGCAACAUUCUGAUCAAGGGCUACUGCAAGGCGGGCAGAACCCAGGAUGCCCUCAACCUGUUCGGCCAAAUGCAAAAGGAGGGUGCCGAAAAUGCGUCGUCCGCCCCCGAUAAGAUCACGUACCUCACUCUUAUCCAGUCCCACUAUGGGGACGGCGCCUUUCUCCGAUGCCUUUCGCUCUAUCGGGAGAUGGAGGAGAAGGGGUUGGAGAUCCCUCCCCAUGCCUGCACCCUCGUCAUCGCCGCUCUGUGCAAGGAAGGGAAGCCUUUCGAGGCGUCUGCCGUGCUCGAGAGAAUGCUCGGCAGAGGCUGCGGGGCCAACGUCGCCAUUUAUACUGCUCUCAUCGACUCGUUCGCAAAGUGUGGUGCUGAGGAGCAGGCGAUGUCUCUUUUCCGCCGAAUGAAGGAUGCCGGGCUCGAGCCCGACGCGGUCACCUAUAGUGUGCUCAUCAACUGCUUGUGCAAGUCCGGGAAGGUGAGCGAGGCGAUGGAAUGGUUUAGGUUCUGCUCGGAGAAAGGUGUUCCGGUGAACACUAUCUUUUAUUCUAGCCUCAUCGAUGGCUUUGGGAAAGCUGGAUCGGCGGACCGGGCGGAAAAGCUGUUUCAUGAGAUGGUAGAGAAGGGUUUCGUGCCGGAUUCGCAUUGCUACAAUGCCCUCCUGAACGCGCUCGUAAAGGCUGGACGGGUUGACGAUGCGUGUGCUCUGUUCAAGAGAAUGGAUGGUGAGGGUUGUCAUCAGACCGUCUACACGUAUACGAUACUUAUCGAGGGAAUGUUCAAAAGACACAAGAAUGAGGAGGCGCUGAAGCUAUGGGGCGUGAUGAUCGAUAAGGGAAUUGCUCCCACAACUGCUUCCUUUAGAGUCCUUUCUACGGGCCUCUGCCUUUCGGGAAAGUUCAACAGGGCGUGUAAGAUUUUGGAUGAACUAGCACCGAUGGGGGUUGUUCCUGAGACGGCUUACGAGGAUAUGAUCAAUGUGUUGUGCAAGGCCGGCAGGUUCGAGCAUGCCUGCAGGUUGGCUGAUGGAAUUGUGGAGAAAGGCCGUGAGGUGCCUGGUAGGGUUAGGACGUUUAUGAUUAAUGCCCUUAGAAAAGCAGGAAAUGCUGAUCUGGCUAUCAAAUUGGUACACAGUAAGAUUGCUAUAGGCUACGACAGAUUUGGUAGCGUCAAGAGGAGGAUUCUUUCCAACCCUAUUCUAUUGAAUGCGAUCAAAGAAUUUUCUCCAUUGAAGCUUCGCCUAGGGGGCACAUUGCAAGAUAAGGUCAUUUACUCAUACGACACUGGAGACCCUCGACAAAAUUGCACUCCGUUCGUCAAGAAUGAUUCGGAGAUAUUUGGGUUUUCCGGGGGCUGCUUAUCUUUGAAGAGAUGGGAUGAACUCAACGACUUCUUUAGGAAAGCAGGGGCCCUAAUCAUUUUCAGGUUGAAUGCACUCAACGGAAGGGUUCCUAUGCCGGACGGUUCAUUAGGAGGACCUUGGAACUACUCCAAUGCUGCAUCUUUUAUUCGAUAUACAGUCAACAGAGGUUACACAAUCCAUGGUUGGGAGCUUGGAAAUGAACUUAGUGGAAAUGGAGUCGGUGCUCGAGUUGGUGCAGAUCAGUAUGCUGCAGAUGCGAUUGCCCUCAAAUCAAUAAUUGACGACAUUUAUCAAGGCUUCCCUGCUAAGCCAUUGGUUAUAGCACCAGGCGGCUUCUUUGACGCAGGCUGGUUCAGUGAGUUUAUUACUAAAACAAAACCAAGCUCAUUGGAUGUAAUCACCCACCACAUCUACAAUCUUGGUCCAGGUGUUGAUGAUCACCUGAUCGACAAAAUUCUUGAUCCUUCGUAUCUUGAUGGUGAAGCCAGUACAUUCAGCAACCUGCAGGGAAUAUUAAAAGCAGCAGGGACUAAAACUGUUGCAUGGGUUGGUGAGGCUGGAGGCGCUUACAAUAGCGGCCAUCAUCUCUGUUAGUUACUCCCUUCGAAACUUAGACUCUAGCCCGCAAAGUAGCCUACAAUUCUUUUCCCUUCUUUCCCCAUAAAAAUCCAACAUUUCAUCAAGUGUUCUAUAUUAGUCUUAAUGAAAUCUAUAUAUCACAUGGACGACCAAAAUUCAUCCAAAAAGACCCCAUAAGUUCAAAAAUCAAUCCAAACUUCAAUGGAGUCAAUCUAAGCUGAAAUCUAGACCUAAAUCUACUCAAUACUAAUAAAAAAAUAAAACACUUUAAGUUCCAUGUUCAUACUCAAAAGAGUUUUUGUAUUCAGCUCCACAAUCAUUCAUCAAGUUUUCACUCUAUAUCUAUAGUCGGAGAGUCGUACCCAUUUUUAGCACUAUGUACCCAUUUUUAGCACUAUGUCUAAAAUCUUCAAUUUUCUAGGUUCCUUCUAUAAAUAUCAACAUCAUUAAAAUCAGCCACAACAUUAUUAGACCUGGUGAUCCAUUUCAGAUCCCAGCGGUAAAAUUUAAAAAAUCUACAACUGUUGUAAAGCCCCACAAAACGCUCUUUAGGCUCAUAGGUAAAACGACCCUAAUAACAGAGCUGGUUUUAUUCAUGGCCAAUACAAUGCAUCUUGCCAAAAUUCAGGUUAUUUUACUCUGUCAGCAGCAAAAUUAACUCUGUCAAUAUUGGUUUCAUUUAUAAAAUCCUCUUUUAAUCACUACCAAUUCAUCGUACAAACACCCAUACAAACAAUUUGAACCGUCUGAAGCUGAGUCAAGUUGACUUUUAAGUAAUUUUCAGGUUAACUUGAUUGCAUGCCUAGUUUUACAUUAAUUAUAUCUGAUAGCUACUAGUCCCAGGACUCGAGUUUCAAUGCCAUGCUGAUGGCAACGCUUUCUUGACCGCUACUGCAACCUCCUUGUCUUCUGCCACUCCCUCUCCCACUCCCUCUCUUCAUGCUUCCUCCUCCUCCUCCCAUGAUUCACCCUCUUCCGCAAUGGAUAGAGCCCUUCCACAACCUCUCUGACCAUACUCAAGAGCCCAAACACCUGAGAAAUUCAUUAGGACUGGUACCCGAUCCCACUGCCAAAAAAAAAGGCUCCCAAACAGAUUCUUCUGACUAAAACAAAUCACUUUGUAUGACUAUUUCCAUACUUAGAGAUAGAAUAUACACCUUAGCUUGGUACUUGAUAGCUUACAUCCACCGAGAAAACAAAAGUGCGGAAUCUCGGCAUACCACUUUGUAAAAACCUUUGGAAACCUUUACAAGUAGUCAACCAUCAAACUGUAGUCAAUUGUUUGAACUUUGCACCGAUUUUCCUUCAAAUUCCCAUAACAACACGCUUAACAACAGACCUCAGCUUCAGCUCAAAAUCUAAACGAUGGAAGUAUCAAUCCUAUCAGUUACUUCUCAUUUUUUCUAUUCAAAGCCCCAAAAGUUCCUAAACCAGCAAGAAGAAAAUCAAAAUCUUCUGCUGGAAAGAAAACAACAAAUGCCCAUUCAGAAUUAUCCAAGGGAAAGAACUUUUCCACCUAAGACCCCAGUCCCUCAACUUCCCAAGUUACUCUGAAAUGAUUAAUAACAUAGAUUUCACGAACCUUAAUCAGACUAAACACAACAAACCAGACAAAGAAACGAGUAAACUGUGCAAUAUUGAUGAAUUGAUAUUUACUCUGGUAACGAAGAAAUCAUUUUGCUGAGGCCACAUAUUAAGCAGAAGAACUGUUAACAAAAGCAUAAAAGCAUAACCGAGCAGAAAAUACACUGCAAUAUUCAAAACGACUUCUCUGAA